UGGCGGACGGGAAAGUGUUGCAGCUCACGCCCUAGGUUUGGUUUUUGUUUGCGCAUGCCCAAUACCGCGGGUGGACCUGGCACCGUUUCCGCUGUCAGGGCCGCGUUUGAGAAGACAGUGAGCGGAGGCCUUACCCUGCACAACCGAAGCGAACCGGGGACGUAGUGCACUGUGCCUCAUAAAUCAGUGCACCACCUAUUUACUUCCUGACAAGGAGGGUCGUUCGGCAUUGCUUCUAUUUUCUGCUCUCUUUCCUAAAAUUACCUAUUGAUUCCUGCUAGGGACAUCUACUUCAUAAAUCAUAUUGCCCUUGUUACUAUCUCAUCUCAAACAUCCACUAUCUCAAUCGCCAACACUCUGCUUCUUGUCAUUCGUAGUUGCCCUUUAUCCAUUCUAAUUAUCCCUCGUCCCAUUCAUAUCACAGCUGUCUUCCUUUAAAUACAUUCUGUACCCUCCCCCAUUUAAGUCUGUCCCCACACACAGCCAUUAGUCCUAUGUUGUAAGCUUGCAUCCCACCUCCCCACCCUUCUCUCACCCUCCCCAUCUGACCCUGCUCUCCAAACCUCUGGGACUUCCCCUUUAUUGAAAGCACCGGACCUUGGCACCUCCAGGGGUGAAGACACACAUGGAUAUUCUUCGGCGUGAGUCACCGAAACGUUUAAAAACCCGCUGAUGUAUCAAAGAUGUUAUCAGGUCUGAUGAUACUGUGUGGAUAUUUCUCUCUGUGAGACUUCUCAGCAUAUAUAGCCCCAACAUGUCGGUGGUGCAGUCCCCUUGGCAGGCUGGCACAGAAUGCAUUGCUAACUAUGACUUCCAGGGAAAGGGUGAGCAGGACCUUCAUUUUAGUAAAGGUGAAGUGCUGACCAUCGUGGCUGUGACAAAGGAUUCCAAUUGGUACAAGGCAAGGAACAAAGUUGGGAGUGUUGGAUUCAUUCCUGCAAACUAUGUCCAGAAGAGAGAAGGAGUGAAAUCUGGAACCAAACUCAGCCUUAUGCCGUGGUUUCAUGGCAAGAUAACCCGAGAGCAAGCUGAACGUCUCUUAUAUCCUCCCGAGACAGGCUUAUUCCUUGUGCGAGAGAGUACAAACUAUCCUGGUGAUUAUACUCUAUGUGUGAGCUGUGAAGGGAAAGUGGAGCAUUACCGCAUUAUCUAUUCUUCUGGCAAGCUGAGCAUUGAUGAAGAAGAAUACUUUGAAAAUCUCAUGCAACUGGUGGAGCACUAUACCAAUGAUGCAGAUGGUCUGUGCACAAACCUGAUAAAGCCCAAGUUGAUGGAGGGAACAGUAGCCGCCCAGGAUGAAUUUUCCCGGAGUGGCUGGGCCCUCAAGAUGAGAGAUCUUAAACUGCAGCACACCAUUGGCAAGGGAGAAUUUGGAGAUGUCAUGCUUGGAGAACUUCAAGGAGUGAAAGUAGCUGUUAAAUGUAUCAAGAACGAUGCCACGGCACAAGCAUUUAUAGCGGAAGCUUUGGUGAUGACGCAAUUACAACAUAAAAAUCUGGUACGGUUGCUGGGAGUGAUUGUUGAAGAUAAAAGUGAUUUGUUUAUCGUGACAGAAUUCAUGGCAAAGGGAAGCCUAGUGGAUUAUUUGAGGUCUCGGGGAAGGUCGGUGCUAGGGGGAGAAUGUCUACUAAAGUUCUCGUUCGAUGUAUCAGAAGGCAUGGAAUAUCUUGAAAGUAAUAACUUUGUGCACAGAGAUCUAGCCGCACGAAAUGUGUUGGUAUCGGAAGAGAAUAUUGCUAAGGUCAGUGACUUUGGACUCACCAAGGAAGCAUCUGCCAUACAGGAUUCAAGCAAACUGCCUGUUAAGUGGACAGCACCAGAAGCAUUGCGGGAUAAGCUCUUUUCGACUAAGUCUGAUGUGUGGAGUUUCGGAAUUCUGUUAUGGGAAAUUUAUUCCUUUGGCCGAGUGCCUUAUCCUCGCAUUGCCCUCAAAGAUGUGGUACCAAAGGUGGAGAAUGGGUAUAAAAUGGAUGCACCUGAUGGAUGUCCUCCUGUUGUGUAUGAUGUGAUGAAGCAGUGCUGGCAUCUGGACCCAAAACAGCGACCCACUUUUAGGAAGCUGCGAGAACAGCUAGAACAUAUCAAAGCUAAGGAACUGUUUCAUUGAAGCAAGUGCAAGGCUUGGGGUCCUCUGUCAUCACAGAGCCAUUCCUUGGCCCAAGAGACUCCACAACAUCAAGAAUAUGAGAUAUAACACCAGAAAGUAAUAAUUACUUAUUGGGCUCUCUUGACCUACAUGUCUUGCACUAGCUACCACCUUAGUGCCCAUACAAUAUUCUUAUAAUCUGCUGGUCUGUGGAAGGAUGCAGAUGUUUUCUUACAUUGAUUUCUGCCAAAUCUCACCCUCGUGUUAUAAUUGCCUGUGGCGUGAAAGACUUCGUGAAGAUCAGCUGAGAAUCGCUAAUUGGAAAAUAUUGCAUUGGCUUUGGACACAAUGUGAGGCAAACAAAACAAUCCAGUCCAGUUCUGUUACAGCUAAGGAUUCAUUUUACAGACUGGAAAAAUCACUUCUGUAUCUUGUCUGCCUUAUUUAAUACAGUCCAUCGUAACCAAUAUACAGAGCUGACUGACAGUACAUGUUGACUUCUCAUGUUCUCAAUCUCACGAUUGCCUACCUUUUUUACACACAUGCUGCUGACUUUAUUCAACAGUAUUGUGUACUCUCAAGCAUAGAUAAAGUCCCUCCCAACCUGAGAAUGUAACUACUGUAUUAUAUACAGAUACUUUUGUAUCCCAGUACCCCAUGUAGGCUCACGUUAACCCAUGUCCAUAAAACAAAAUCAAUUUACAGAAUGAAGAAGAAAAUGAAUGCAAACAUUUCUACUUCCUAUAGCAUUUAAAUUCAAUUUUACAUUUCAAAUAAAUCCAGUGCUAGCAGGGUACAGGGUUUCUCUCCACUGCUUGACAGUUCUGCUAUCAUUGUUACCUGCUAUCAUUGUUACCAAGCAGCAACACAUUGGUCUGAAUUGCUGUGUUUCUGGUUUCCAAGUCAUACUGGACAUUCCCUUAAAUUACAAGUUAUUCUCUCAGCUCUCCUUAUUGAUGUGGCAUUUUUGUGGUGGAAAGUGAAUUCCACAGCCUUUUUUAUUGGCAGGCUCCAAUAAAUAUUGAGUGUGUCAUUUUGCAAGUGCUACAAUUUAAACGUGUCUAUUAACAAGUCAGGACACGCACAUUUGUGUAACCUCAGAGUUUGGUUCUUUUAGAUCCAAUAACACUUCAGUUAGUUCUUCUCAGCCCCAAAAGCUCUUGCAGCAAGGGAGUCUGGAUGGUCUCAGUACAGUAAAUCAUGCCUUCAUAUGUCUGAAAGUUUAUUUUUCUAACACAGAUGCUAGAGGAAAAACUGUCUGAAGCUGAAUGUUCAUAUUAUCGGCGUCUUGGACCAUUACUUUGUUUUAAUACCGAGUUAACGUCUUAACUCUGCGGUUGGCAGGUGAUAAAGUUACUACAUCUUGCAAGGCUAAGAGGCAACCCGGUGGCUGCCGUUUUUCCAUGUCAACUUAACCCAAGCGUGGCACUAUCAUACAAUUGGUGUACACUAUCAGAACUGAAAGGAAGACUGAGCUUGAUGAACUUGGUCAAUUUCCUGAAGAAUUUCCAUUCUAGAUCAUGUACAUAAAUACUGUUUACGAUUUUAGCAAACAUGCUGUUGUAAGACCCAAAGGAGAACUGUAGGACAUUCAUGUUAGCUCAGGAAGCAAUUUAAUGAUUAAUUCCUAGAGCUGCAAUAAGCGUUUUGAAGAAACCGCAAGCAACACACACACAAUCUGCUCCAAGCCCAGGCCUUUCUCGGUUCCAUUUGUGCUUCUCUAGUAGAAUGUGGUUGGACACAAAUGGAGAGACAACUUUGUGGGCCUGUUGCAGCGGGACUUGAGUGUUGGUGAUAAUCAUGACACAUCCUGACUAUAUGUUAUUUGAGUGACAAUAGACCUUAAGCAUCUUUUUUUUUUGUAGCAAUGUUUUCGAGUUUCUGGAAAAACCUCAUAAAUCACAUUUCAGUUGCCUCUGAUGUUAAAGGGGAACUAUUGCCAAAGUCAUUGUAAACAAUCAUUUCUUCAACUAACAAACACAAUUCUGCAGUUAACCUCCUAAACACACGAUAUAGAUGACAGGCAAAGCUUCCUAUUCAUUUAUUUACUUAUUUUCUCAUAAGCAACUGUCCUGACCAGUGAGAAUCCUGUAGUGGAGAUCAGAGAUUGAUGACCAACUUUCAAACAGUCUCAGUUUUAUGGAUUAUUAACACCUGUCGCUCCUCCUCCAUUAAGUGCUGCGUUCAAACGGGUGCUAAUGAUAAUCUUCUUAAUGCAUGUUUAUGCUGUCUUGUUUAUGUAUUCAGUAUAGAGAGGGGGAAUGCCUGAAGCAGAUAUGUGUAUUCUUUUAUCAUAGCACAACCCACUGUCUGACCAAAGUGGAUUUUAAGCAUUUCUCUUACUGACGCUCAGACUUGGUGCUGCUUCAAAGAAACACUGCUCUAAGACAUAUCUCCUUGAAUUUUAAGUACGUCCCAUAACACUGUAGUGGGGCUGUGAUACACUAAUUAAAUACAUGCACCCUCAUUCAUCUUCAUAGGCUUUCUAUUGGCUGGUUUCAAAGGCCCGUAAGAAAAAUAUAAUGAAGACCCAGGGAGAAGCAUAUUAGUAACAGGGUGUCUAAACUCGGCGCUAAUAGGAGGAGUAACAUCUCUUUUAAGGAGGUGCACCAUGCUGAUUGGUCAGAAGGGAGCUGCAGCUUGAAGCAUAGGAAUGGUAAAAGUGAAAAAAAAAGCAAUUGUGCAUUCAUGUUAAUUCAUUUUUACUGCAUAAUAAAUCCCAUUAGUGAUUUUUGGAUUUGCAAUAGUUCCCCUUUAAUUGUGUAAAUGAGAUGGAAACCGUUUCUUUCUAACCAUAUUUGGUUAAAAAGAGGGAGCCAUUGACGGUUGUCCCAAAAUGAUAUUUUGCUCUGUGCAUUGUGAGAUGGGCAGUUGGGUGAGGACAUGCUGAAGGCACAUAGUGACAGUUGCAGAUUUGCUGGGACUUGUACCAGUUUAUCUUACUGACAGGGAGCUCUUCUCACUUAGAGAGCCUGAAUGGUCUGUCUUAUUUGUGCGCUUGUGUUAUAAAGUUUGCAGUUGUUUUGUAUGUCGAUUUCUUUUUUUUUUUUUUUCUUUUUAUGAGGGUCUAAUUUUUGUCAUAUACUAUAUAAAAAUGUAUGUAUUUUUUAUAUUUUGUUACAAAUCACAAAUCAGUCUGCCUUUUUAUUUAGGAAAGACUUUUACUGAAGUACGAAUCUUAUUUUUAUUGUAUACAAAAGGGGUAUUCGGGGAAGGAUGGGAUAAUGCAACAAUCACAUUGGAAAGGAGAACUCGCUUGGCUUUAAUCUUGUGAAUUUGUGUGCAUGCCGUUUUGUGUCUUCUUUUCCAAAGGCCUUUCCUUUUCAUUCCUGUCCAGUGCUUUAAACUCCAUGUGUAUGCUGCAUUUGGUUGGAUUAAUAGUGUAAAAUAAACCAUUCCAUAUGGGUGACCCUUCA